AUGUGCUGCCUGAAACCCAGAGGAGUGACUUAUCAGGACGCGCUCAAAAUGUCUUCUUCCUCAAGCGAGGUCAUUAGUGCCGAUGAGAUCAAGAGGGAGAAUCGUGGGAGUGUCAAGCUGUCAGUGCUGGACCCCGCGGAGUUGCCGAUGGAGAAUGCCGAACUUUUGGACUGCUCACCGGCCUCCCUGGCCUUCUCCCCCGAGCAGGUUGCAUGCGUCUGCGAAGCGCUGCUGCAGGGUGGGAACGUGGAGCGCCUGGCCAGGUUCCUCUGGUCACUGCCGCAGAGUGACCUGCUGCGGGGGAACGAAAGCAUCCUGAAAGCGCAAGCGAUAGUCGCGUUCCACCAGGCCCGCUACCAAGAGCUCUACUGCAUUCUGGAGAACCACAGUUUCAGUCCGUCAAACCACUCGUCUCUGCAGGAUAUGUGGUACAAGGCGCGCUACAUCGAAGCGGAGAAGGCGCGGGGCAGACCGCUGGGUGCAGUGGACAAGUAUCGCUUACGCAGGAAAUAUCCUCUGCCUCGGACUAUCUGGGACGGAGAGGAGACCGUGUAUUGUUUCAAAGAGAGGUCUAGGAACGCGCUGAAGGAUAUGUACAAGCGGAACCGGUACCCAUCUCCAGCCGAGAAACGAAAUCUGGCCAAAAUGACAGGACUCUCUCUGACGCAGGUCAGCAACUGGUUCAAAAACAGGAGGCAGAGAGACAGAAAUCCAUCCGAGGCGCAGUCAAAAAGUGAGUCAGAUGGCAAUCACAGUACAGAAGAUGAGUCCAGUAAAGGUCAAGAGGACUUGUCACCACGUCCCCUCUCCAGCGGCUCUUCGAGCUCAAUCGCACACGGAACAGCCCCCCCUACGGUUUACUCGGAUGGAGGAACAACCGUCAUCCAACAAAUUGGAGAUGUCAAAAUGCCUUCACACGUAGCUGGAGGAAUGAGUUUUAACGGUGAUCUAGCAAGUGUGAAUGCUCACUACAUCAACGGUGGAGCCUAUGUUCAGUCACACAGUAGCAAUGCUCUCCUGAAUGGACUUGGAGCCACGAGUGGCCAUUUCUUGACCUUUGAUCCCCAGAGGGUCUCCCAUCACAGUCAGGAGAGGCUGUUAGGUGGGUCUUCUGUGUCUUAUGCUCCGUUCUCAAUGGGGGUUUCUGAAACUGCUUCUGGAAAGCUGGAGGCCAUGCAGACUCUGGUUUCCAAUGCUGAAGAUGGAGUCAUUUCUUCAGUGGUCUCCUUCGCUUCGGCCCCCUCCACUCCAUCCACUACCUCAGGAGGCCUUCAUCUCAGCAGUUACAGUGUGGUCAAUCUCCCUGGAAGUGAAACCACCAUGGGGCUUCCUCCUUUAAUGCUGCCCCCAUCCACAACAUCAACCACUCAUGGCUCUGCUCCUUUGGGGAACGUGGUCAGUGACUCUCCUCAACACUCGAGCCAAACCCUGCUUUACACCCAGACUGUGAAGCAGGAGCCUUUGGAUGUGUCUGGAAGCUACACUUAUCCUUCUGAAAUGCCCCUGGACCAAGGCAGCAACCUGGGCUACACAGCCUCCCUUUUCCUUUCUUCUUCCUCUACCGGUGGUUCACUUCCCCCUACAGUCACAGCCACAGCCGAGGUACACCACACUCUGAAUCAAGCAGGACGUGGCCUUCAAGAGGACAGUGUAGCCCUGUCUUCAGACUACAGGUCUCAAGAUGUUCAGCUGCCCAACAGCCUGCAAGUUGUGUCUAGGGCAGGAGAAGGUCCAAUCAGGGUUGUUUGUGGGGAUCUGGACAUGGAAGGGAAAGAGCUGGCCAAGCUGCAGACUGUACAGAUGGACGAUGAUGGAAGUGACCUAUGAUUAUAUCAUUAGCAACGAAGAGCUGCAUUUCACUGGUUUUGUCACGCCGCAUUGUGCCCUUACGGACCCUGCAAGCACAAAUCAUUUUCAAAUGAACCCUGAUGAUGGAUAUAAAAUGCGAACAGUGCCUUCCUGUCCUCAGAUAUCCCAACUUGCACUAAGAGGGCUGCAGAAUGUACCAGGCAAUGCACUGACCUUCUGAAGAUUAUUUACAUGCACUGUCUUUACUCUCACCUCAUAAAAAAUGUACGAAAAGACCAGUUAAAAAGCACAAAUGUGCUCUGAAUCAAAAAAUGCAGCUUUAUAAUGAUUGUUUUCUUUUAACAAGAUUUUAUUGAAGCACAGAUGCAUUUUUUGUUGUUGUUGUUGUUUAUGCUCUUUUGUAUUUAAAUUCUUUGAGUGUGACGAUGCAAAUUUGAUAAAGGUUAUUUUGUUAUGUUGGA